GAGACCUAAAACUUUCCAAAAAUAAAACAAAAAUUAGAGAAGGGAAGCACAGUGUGGUGCUUAAGAAGCCAAAAGGCAGAAAAGCCACUCUCAUACAUGACGCACUCCAAAAUUUGUGGUUUGGAUCAGACAACCCUCUUUAUAGGUCCAAACAAACACACCCUCUCUCACCUUCCCACAUAGAACCCACAUCGAUCCCCCUUUCAUAUUCUGCUCCCUCCUCCUCCUCCUCCUCCUCCUCCUCUUCCCCACCCCUCUAAGGUGGUAGUACACUGCACCCACCUUCAUCUCCUCCCAUUUCUACUAACCUACACCUGAUCAAAACAACCCCCAACUUCUCAUGGAGAAGACUGAGAGGGAGACUCAUGACUUCAUGAAUGUUGAAUCCUUCUCCCAAUUGCCCUUUAUCCGUCCGGCUCCGGUGAAAGAAAAGGGCAUUAGGCUCUUUGGGAUAGAAUUUGGCUCCGGUGACGCUGCUGCAGUCACCGAUGAGUCUGAGUCAGUAGAGACUAAUGCAUGUGACGAAGUUAAGGACACUGAUAAUGGAGAGAGCAGCCGAAAAUUCGAAUGCCACUACUGUUGCAGAAACUUUCCUACCUCUCAAGCUCUAGGAGGCCACCAAAACGCGCACAAAAGGGAGCGCCAGCACGCUAAACGCGCCCACCUUCAGUCUGCCAUGGUGCACGGUGGCCUCUCAGACGCUCACGUCUAUGGCCUCAUGAAUUAUCAUCGCCUUGGUUCUGCACCGACACCGGCCAUGACUUACCACUCGUUGAACAACAGCAACAGUACUUUUGCUACUAACACUAGGCUCUAUGGGAACCAUGGCUCAUACUCUCAUCAUCAACCUAUUAAUGGGAGUCCCUUGGCCUUAUGGCGAAUCCCAUCCGUCCAAAAUUCUCCUAGUUUUAGCCGUGACCAUUCAAUGCCUCCGUUGCCAUUGUUUGCUAAUGGUGACUUGAAGCCAUCGCCAAUGAUCGGAAGCUCAAGUUCUCAGAGUCAGUAUGUGUAUGAAUCAAGGCCGAACGUGCAAGAUCAUGUGAGUUUGGAUCUUCAUCUGUAAGAAUAUAAUAUAAUAAUUUCUUAAGAUCGAAAAGAAAAGCAUUAUAUUCUCUGGGUAGAGCCCAUCUUUUGUUCUGAAAAAAACAUAGAGCACAAUCAUCACUCUUUCUUAGUAUAACAUCAAUUAAUGUAAACGAAAUGAUUUUAGGACUCAAUGACUUUGGUUUGUGCCAGAUUAACCUGAUGAUUUGAUAUAUGAGAACAAGUCUCUUUACACUCUUAA